AAGUCUCCUCCCUUUGGCUGGCCGCAGGUUGGUGGCGGAAGGAGGGAACCUCUGAGGGCGUGGGGAGGGGGUGACAUGGCGGAGCUGGGAAACGGGGAGCGCAAAUCCCUGGUAUCUGCUACCCAACGCGUCCUACUUGCUUUUCUGUGAGAGAGGGUGCUUCUCCGGGGGUGCAUAGCGUGGUAUCACGCGGGAGUGGAGGAGGGGAUGCAGUCUAUGAGAGAAGAGUUUCCAGGGCGCCUCUAAUUUGCCUUAGGAAGACUGUCCGUGGCUGCUUGUGGCCGUCUGUGGGUUGGUGUGGGAUAAGAGACAGGUGGGUAGCAGUGAGUGGAUGGGGUUUGGAAAGACCUGAUGCCUCCUGAGAAAGUUGGGGGGGGGGAGCAAGAGAAUAAACAAAGCAAUUCAGAGGAGCUGUGGUGAGGAGAUCUAGCAUGCCCCAAGAGGAGAAAGUAACAGAACGGAAUAAAAAUAAAACUAGCAUUUAUGAAGCCCGCCUUGCCGAGUGCCUUCACGACCCUGCCGGAUUGAGCUGAACUCCCAACAGGAGAAACAGCCCCGCAAUCUGAGCAUCUCCUAGGCCAUGGCCGCCCCGCAACUUUUCCGAGCUCUGGUGUCUGCGCAGUGGGUGGCGGAGGCUCUGAAGGCCCCGCGCUCCUCACAGCCGCUGAAGUUACUGGACGCGUCCUGGUACCUACCCAAGCUGGGCCGCGAUGCACGACGCGAGUUUGAGGAGCGCCACAUCCCGGGCGCCGCCUUCUUCGACAUCGAUCGUUGCAGUGACCACACGUCCCCCUACGACCACAUGCUGCCUAACGCCACGCACUUUGCCGACUACGCGGGCAGCUUGGGCGUGAGCGCCGCCACGCACGUCGUGAUCUACGACGACAGUGACCAGGGCCUCUAUUCCGCUCCGCGGGUCUGGUGGAUGUUCCGCGCCUUCGGCCACCACUCUGUGUCAUUGCUGGACGGCGGCUUCCGCCACUGGCUGAAUCAGAACCUGCCAAUCAGCUCCGGCAAAAGCCACUCGGAGCCCGCGGAGUUCAGCGCGCAGCUCGAUCCCUCUUUCAUCAAGACCCACGAGGACAUCCUGGAGAACUUGGAUGCCCGGCGCUUCCAGGUGGUGGACGCCCGCGCAGCUGGCCGUUUCCAAGGCACCCAGCCAGAACCCCGAGAUGGCAUCGAACCUGGCCACAUCCCUGGCUCAGUAAACAUCCCGUUCACUGAAUUCCUGACCAACGAAGGCCUGGAGAAGAGCCCAGAGGAGAUCAAACGCCUGUUUAAGGAGAAGAAGGUGGACCUGUCUAAGCCCUUGGUAGCCACGUGUGGCUCCGGUGUCACAGCCUGCCACGUGGUCCUGGGGGCCUUCCUCUGUGGCAAGUCAGACGUGCCUGUCUAUGAUGGCUCCUGGGUAGAGUGGUACAUGCGUGCCCAGCCAGAGCAUAUCAUCUCUGAGGGCCGAGGGAAGACCCAGUGAAGCCAGGCAGGACACAGUGCAGCUUGGGUGACAUCUGACCAUCACAGUACCAGCCACUGGUCACUCUGACCCUGCUUUGCCAAGAGUCCUUUCUCAGACAACUGAGGGAGUGUUUGGGGUGAUAUCCCAGAGACCUGGAGUUCCAGUGACUCAUAGAUACUCAGCUGAGGUAGCCAAGAAGGUGGCAGGCAGUAAGAGGGUACCCAGGGGAGGGAGGGAGGGAGGGAGGAAGGGAGGAAGGGAGGGAGGCCAGAUAGCAAAACAGCUUGCACGGUGCUAAGCUGGGGCCCACCUAGCUUGUUUCAUUGUUGGGAAAUAAAACAUCAAGAACAAAAA